AGUAAUCUGCGUCUGAACUGGACACAAACAGUCCUGUAGAUCUGUCAGUAAAACACGAACGAAUCUUAUCACUGAGCACAUUUUGUAAAACCAAAAGCGGAAUAUUUUUCACGUAGCUCGUCUUUGUGCUGAACGGGAUUGCAGUCCUUUCUUUGUUCGGUCAAACUCACGCAUUUAAAGGACUUCAAAAGCAAUAUUGUCAAAUAUCUGGAUGGAAUCUGAAAUCGUCCCCUCAGAAUAUUGUCACCAUUCAAUAUCUGUUCUAGAUAGCUCUCAGUUUCUUGAUCCCAUUCAUGACAGAUGGGCGGCUGGAAUGCAAGGACUGCAUUCAGUGCACAGGUCACCAGACCAUGACACAGAAGGGACUUCCUCAUUUUCCACCCAAUACAACAACAUACAUUUUCCUACUGUCCAUCAGCCAAUUCCAUCAUCCCCGUACCACACAAAUUCAGGUUAUUACUCCCAGCAUCCUGAUGACUGGUGUUCCAGUGGAGUGUAUGAGUUAAACCGAAUAACAUCUGAGAACUUAUUUGCAAUAGACAAUGAUAUAGUGGACUUGCCAGCUAUCAAGAAAACUAGGGUCAACCCCUGCUUGGGAAGGGUCAAAGGAGACGAGUUGUGUGUUGUUUGUGGUGACAAAGCAUCUGGAUACCAUUAUAAUGCAUUAACCUGUGAGGGAUGCAAAGGCUUCUUCAGAAGAAGUAUCACUAAGAAUGCUGUUUACAAAUGUAAGAAUGGAGGUAACUGUGAAAUGGACAUGUAUAUGAGGAGAAAGUGCCAAGAAUGUCGCCUGCGUAAAUGUAAACAGAUGGGGAUGCUGGCCGAAUGUUUGUUAACAGAAAUUCAAUGUAAGUCAAAAAGACACCGAACAAAAGUGAAGCUCGCAUCUGAACAAUGCUUAAAUGAACACAAUGAUGGGAACGAACAGAAGCAAGUAUCAUCUACGACAAAACCAAACAGGGUGAAAUCAGAACUUACCCAAGAACAGACAGAACUUCUCCAGUUUGUCAUGGAAGCAUACACUAAAAAUCGCCUGCCUCAUGAACUGGCUACAAAACUAAUAUUGCAGGAAGAGUGCAGCAACGAUGAUGAGAACUUUGUGUUUUUGACAAAUAUGGCCACAAACCAUGUUCAGCUUCUUGUUGAAUUUACAAAGAAGUUACCAGGUUUUCAAACAUUAGAUCAUGAAGAUCAGAUUGCUCUUCUUAAAGGGUCUGCAGUUGAAGCAAUGUUUCUUAGAUCCGCUGAGCUUUUUAACAAAAAGUUGCUUGAUAAACAUACAGCAAGACUAGAAGAGAGAAUUCGAAACAGUGGCAUGUCCCACGACUAUAUUAAUCCAAUGUUUAAUUUCUACAAGAGAAUUGGUGAACUGAACAUGGAAGAAGAAGAAUAUGCUCUCCUCUCGGUCAUAGUGAUCCUAAGUCCAGAUCGACAGUUCAUUAAAGAUAAAGAGACAGUGGAAAAGCUUCAGGAAACCUUCCUUCAUAUUCUGGAAAAACUGUGCAAGCAACAUCACCCUAACAACCCACAACACUUUGCACGCCUGUUGGGUCGCCUCACUGAAUUAAGGACAUUUAGCCACCAUCAUACUGACAUGCUGAUGUCAUGGAGAGUAAACGAUCACAAAUUUACACCUCUCCUCUGCGAAAUCUGGGAUGUCCAAUAAGGAGAAGGCUUUUCAUUUUAGAAUUGGUUUCAUGGUACACCUGUUUUAUAGAUAUGCCUAAUGGUUAUUUUUAAUACAGUAUAUAAUACAACAUAUAUUUUGUAUGUAAUCCUACACACUCUAUGCUUGUGUAUUUUUUGUGACUUUAUAAAUAUACUAAUACAAUUAUCAGUAAAUUCAUCAUGAGUUCACA